AUGAAUAAUCAGGGUCGUUCGGAAUUCUUCCAAGGGCUUCAAAAUUUGUGGUUUUUCACCUCAGGAGAGAUUAUGAGUAUUGAUCAACUGCAACAAGUUGCUGGAGACGGUGCUGGAGACGACGGUCGUAACGACGUGCCAGAGGAAGUCGAUGAGUUGGAUGUUGGGUUGGAUAUGGAGGCUGACGACGGUCAUAACGAAGUGCCAGAGGAAGUCGAUGAGUUGGAUGUUGGGUUGGAUAUGGAGGCUGACGACGGUCGUAACGACGUGCCAGAGGAAGUCGAUGAGUUGGAUGUUGGGUUGGAUAUGGAGAUCAACGACAGAAAUGUGCAUAUCGUCGCGGCUCAACUUUUUCAACAGCUCGCAGAAGUGGUAGACGAGCUCAACGAAUUGCGACAUCAUGAGGACCAACGCCAAGCGAUGAUUGCUGUUGAAGAACAGCUGCACGCAGCAAUGCAGCAACCGCCACUAAAAAUCCUAGAAUAA